CCGAUCUGAUUGCACGCGCCAUUCAGCGGUCCCCCCCCCUCUCCCUGCAACCACGGUGUUUUUUACGCGCAUCUUUCUCGGGUGGAUUCCACGCAAGCCGCCAGCCUCCAUCGAGGAGCCCGCUUUCUUCACUUUCCCCACCCCAAAAAAAGGUUCUGAUUGAGAGAUGGCUUUUAUGGUCAAGCACGUGGUGGGGGGCCAGUUGAAGAACUUGACCGGCGGUUUGACGGAGGAGAAACCCGAAGCGGAGAAGACGGACGCGGCGGCGCAGGGGAUGACCCAGGAGGAGUUCGAGCAGUACCAGCAACAGUUAGAGGAGGAGAAACAAGAACGAGAGGCAAAUUUUGCCCAGAAGAAAGCCGAGCGAGCCACCGUGAGGAGUCAUUUUCGAGACAAGUACAGACUACCAAAGAACGAGCUGGACGAGACCCAGAUCCAGCAGGCGGGCGACGACGUGGUCCUGCCCACCGAGCUGGCCAAGAUGAUCGCCGAGGACGGCCAGGAGGAGGCGCACAAGCAGUCUGUGCUGGGUCAGCUGUCCAACCUCCAGAACGUCGACAUGGACCAGCUCAAGGACAAGGCCCAGGCGACGCUGGAGGACCUCAAGAAGCAGACGGAAAACUGCAGUCUCAUGUGAUGUCGGGGAGCUGAGGUCUGCCCAAGGUCGAGCUUCUGGGGAGGAGGGAGUAGUCGUGUUUGUUCAAAUGAUUAAUUACGGAAGCUUGGAGCUGCCGCAAAACAUUUUUUAACAGGCAUUUAACUUUGGCUUUUUUUUGACCGUCAAAAAAUGUUUACUCCACUUUGGCAGCUCCACGUAAAUAACAAUAAUGCUAAAAACAAAUCCGACUCAUUCAAUUUGCCGAAAAUUCUUCGACGUUUGAUAUUUUCUUGGCAUUUUUAACAAAAUUAUUCAACAUUUCACCUGGAAGCUACUUUGAUCAAUAAUGGGCCGUUUUAUUGUUUUCUUUUAACCAAUGACGUUCGAGCAAAUAAGCCAUGUGUCACUUUAGAGACGUUACCGUGCGCAAUACAUGAGACGUAGCUCUCCAACUUUUUACAAAAGCAAAGCCUGCACAUUGAAGUCUCAUUGAAAUACUCGCCACAAAUACAUAUAUAAAAAGCUGCUAGAAAGGUAUAAACGUAAAUGCGAAUAGUCCGAAUAUUUGUGUCCUCAUAACGCCGAUACUUCUGUUGUGUGUACGCGCUGAGCUCGUCGUAUGGUGCCGUUUCGUGCCGGUGGAUUAGCUGUCGUCGUGUCGAGUGGUGUCCUCGUGAACCUUGUUAGCGCUAAUGCUAAGGCCGCGGCCUCGCGGUGUCGUUUUCAGAGGAGUCAGGAGAGAAUUAUGGUGUUGUUGUUCGUGGACGUUUUGUGUAGCGAUGGCAAUUUACGCUUCUCUGAGCCACUUUACAAUACGGGUAACGUCAUUCAUGUGUUCAUAAUGACUUCAAUAUGGACUCACAAUGUUAACCCUAGCCCAUAAAUGAAGCCUAGCCUACUUAACCUUAUGUUUAUGAAUCAUCUUUGAUGACACCCUUAUUGUAAAAGUGGCACCCAUGCACCUCAAUAACCUACGAUGCUUUAUUUUGCCAAAUUGCAUUUUUGGCAUUUGUGUGUGUGCGCGUGUUUUGAAAUAAAUGUCAUUAGGGGGCGGCGCGGUUAGAAAUGUUCCAAAUUUAAUAGAGCACACUUUUUUUUUGUGGGUGCGUCUCUAUCUUUGUCCGGCAAAUAGAUGAAUGGACGCUGGGGAAAUCCUCAUUGCUGUGGUUCUUGUCACGUGAUGAUAGUGAUUGAUUAUUAAAAUAUACGAGAAAAAGUAGCAAUAAUUAUUUUGCAAUGUUGCUACGAGGUAAUAAUUGCUGUAAUAAUAAUGACAGUUAUAAUAAUUAUAAUAGAGGGGAAAGUGAAGCCAUAAGCCACGAGACUUGCUUGCUUGCUUGCUUGCUACAAGCGUGUUGUGUUUUUCUCAUCUAAUAUUUCGGUCAUUCUGUCUCUCAUGGGAGUUUCAAUUGCAAUAAACAUA